AUGAAUAUGUUGGAUGAUGAAGAUGACCAAAGCUUUCACGCUACGCGUGACGGCUACUCCCAUUUGAGCGAUGUCGAAUGGGAUGCGGUGGAACGGAUGGGUUCAACCAUGGGCAUCCAUGCUGUUAGCGUCAUGCUAGAGGCUCUCAAUAGAGAUGCCCAACAUGCUACUAUCGCCAAGUUCAUUCAAAAUGAACUUGACGCUGAACGCGAGAAAGUAGCCUUGCUUCACCAACAAGGUUCUCAACAAGCAGAGUUGUUGAGAGAACAGGGUGCUCAACACUUUGAACUGAUGAGACAGCAGCAGGCUGUUGCUGGUGGGUCGAUGCAUUCGCGUCGACCCGAGACCUUGAAGAUUGACAUCUCCAAGUAUAGGGGAGUCGAAUAG